UAUUUUUAUUACCGCCAUUUUGGUUUUCAUUUUCGAUGUUAGUAUAAAUACUUCUGAAAUUGGCGCUUUAUUUCAUUCAGCUUAGAAAUAUACAAGCGGGAAGGCAGCGAUACAUUUUAAAUCCCAACUGCAUUACAUCAAAUUACAAUGUCUGGUCGAGGAAAAGGCGGAAAAACAAAGGCAAAGGCCAAAACACGUUCAUCGAGGGCCGGACUUCAAUUUCCUGUUGGAAGAAUUCAUCGGUUGUUGAGAAAAGGAAAUUAUGCUGAAAGAGUUGGUGCUGGUGCUCCAGUUUAUUUGGCUGCUGUAUUGGAAUAUUUAGCAGCCGAAGUUUUGGAAUUGGCGGGAAAUGCUGCGAGAGACAAUAAGAAAUCAAGAAUUAUUCCUCGACAUUUGCAGUUGGCUAUUCGAAAUGAUGAAGAGUUAAACAAACUAUUAUCCGGUGUCACAAUUGCACAGGGUGGUGUACUACCAAAUAUACAGGCCGUUUUACUGCCAAAGAAAUCUGCUAGUGCUACUGGGGCAUCUACUGGUGGAAAAGGUGGAAAGAAGUCUUCACAAUCUCAAGAAUAUUAGGCUCUUGAUAUUAGGACUCUGGCCUGCCUGCCAUUAACAUUUAAACAGUGGUGGCAGUGACAUUAAUCAGUGUUGUUUUAAAUUGUAGGAAUACAGUAUUUACUACUGUAUCUGUUCAUGCAUCAGUUUGAUUUUAGUGUCAUUUUUAGCCCUUAACUUAUCAUUUGCUCAUAUAGGCCCAUUGUCUUGCUUUCACUUUGUUUUAGCCAUCAUUUUUUAUCUCUUGACAUAUUGGACCAUUGUUAUUACAUUGUACUUGACAUGGUUAAUUCUUUCAUUUCUUGAUCAACAUGUCUGCUUUUUUAUUCAUUCUGUUUUUCAUCAUUUGUAAAUAAAUCUUGUCCAUUCAUAUGGUU